UGAUAGAAAGACUUAAAACACUGCAAAACCUCGAUUACGUUACUGGGGAAAAUAAAACAUAUCUCCCAACGGCCAGAGGUGGAUAAUAAGCCUUUGGUCACUUUGAUGCCUACAAAUGCGCUUCAUUCGUUUAAUUAAACUUAUUCUGAACAAUUUAGUCAAAGACUGCGCUGAUAUCUAUCAUAAAGGAAUACAACAAAGUGGAAUAUAUAAAAUUAAUCCUGACGGAAAGGGAAGUUUCAAAGUGUUUUGUGAUAUGACAACAUCAGGUGGAGGAUGGACUGUAUUUCAACGUCGUCUUGAUGGAAGUGUUGACUUCUACCGAGGAUGGCAAGAUUACAAAGAAGGUUUUGGUAACUUGAGCGGAGAAUAUUGGCUUGGUCUUGACAAAAUACACAGGAUAACAAAUAUUUCACAAAAUGAACUUCGCAUCGACAUGGAAGAUACAUCUGGAAACACUGCAUACGCUCAUUAUGAUUCGUUUAAAGUCAGCAGCGAAAAUACAAAGUACAAGUUGAAUGUUGGAGGUUAUCAUGGUACAGCGGGAGACUCGUUAUCAUAUCAUAACAAUAUGGAUUUCAGCACCAAGGAUUCUGACAAUGAUAUUGCGAAAAUCAACGUUAACUGUGCGGUGACAUUCAAAGGAGCCUGGUGGUAUCGUGGCUGUCAUUAUUCCAAUUUGAAUGGUUUGUAUCAUUAUGGCAAUCACACAUCGUACGCUGAUGGAAUCAAUUGGCUCCAUUGGAAAGAUCAUUAUUAUUCUCUGAAAUCAACGUCGAUGAAGAUACGACCACGUGAAUUUGGAAAGAAUAAAUAAAGUUGUUGAACGAUAAAGAAGGUUUACGUUUACUUUAUAAAAAGUGCAAUGCACUAACACGGCAC